AAUACAACCACCCCCGCAGACAAAAUUAGUCAUGCCAUUUAUUUGACAACAGUUGAAACGGGGAUGUAACUGACGACUGUCCGAUCCCGAUUACGGCCAAAAUCAGCUCAGCGGAGAAUCGGGCCGGCGACAAUGUCGUCGAUUCAACGGCCACCAAACGACUCUUGGGACUACAUGCUACCAGGUCCACCUUCCCGCAACAACGGCGGAUCUGCCGACCUCCGUUCGACCGGACUUCUAGCCUACGCCGCCGGCAGCAGUGUUGCCAUAGUCGACUCACGCUCAAUGCAACUCGUAUCAGUCCUCCCGAUUCCUCCUCCGUCCGCCAGCACUGCGAAUUCCACCACAAGUUCCUCAACGUCUUCGUAUUUGUCUCCCUUUGUCACCGCCGUCCGUUGGUGCCCUACUCCGCUUCGCCUCGAUCUUCUCUCACAUGAUCCUACGUCUUCGCACUCCCACCUUCUUCUCGCCGCCGGCGACCGUCAAGGCCGUGUUUGCCUCCUUGAUCCACGCGUCAAAGCAUCUGCUCCUCUUUUCCUUCAAACCGAUCCGAACUCCAAAUUAGGUAUCCAAGACCUGUGUUGGAUCCAAUCCAGACCUGAUUCGUGGAUCAUUGCUGCCAUAACUGGAUCCUCGCUCCUCUCUCUAUUCGAAACAUCCACUGGGCGUUGCUUCUUCAAAUACGACGCCGCUCCGGAAACCUUCUCGUGCAUUAAACGUGAUCCCUUUGAUUCCCGCCAUUUCUGUGUUGUAGGUCUCAGAGGCUUCCUUCUAGCGAUCAAAGUUCAUGGCGACAAUUCGGAAUCGGACGUCGUAUUGAAAGAACUUCAAAUACCUACCGAUGUCUCUGAAUUGAAUAAGCUGGAGAGAGAUGCAGCUGCCGCUAGUACUUCCGGUUCAAUCAACAAUUCUCCGGCAAUGGCGUCCUUCCCCACCUACGUAGUGAAAAUCGCGUUUUCUCCACAUUGGAAGCACAUUUUGUAUGUGACUUUUCCAAGGGAAUUGGUUGUGUUCGAUAUGCAAUAUAAAACAGCUCUGUCUCGUAUCAAUUUACCUAGAGGAUGUGGAAAGUUUCUCGAUGUGUUGCCUGACCCAAGCUUGGAGGUGGUCUACUGUGCUCAUUUGGAUGGACGCCUCAGCGCUUGGAGGAGGAAGGAAGGAGAGCAGGUGCAUGUGAUGUGCAUGAUGGAAGAAUUGAUGCCCUCACUUGGCACCCCUAUCCCAUCUCCCUCAGUUCUUGCAGUUGUCAUCUCUCGAUCAGAUUCCACCCUGCAAAAUGUUCACAAGCAUCUUUCCGAUGGACAUCAUACUUCUUCACCUGCUAUGGAUUUUGACAACCCUUUCGAUUUUUGUGAUGAAACUCCAGUCAUUUCUAAAACCCAUCUGUUAUCCAUCUCUGAUGAUGGAAAAAUAUGGAACUGGCUUCUGACUGCUGAAGGCCCAACAGAGAAUCAAAAAGCUGCAUCAGAUGUCACCAUUGUUGCAGAAAUCAGUAAAGAUAAAGAUUCAUCUUUAGAUACAAAUUCUGGAUUGGAUUCUUCAUUUGGCUCUGUGAAAGAUGUAGUCAAACAAACAGAUAAGGAGAAUAUUAGAAAGGGUCGUCGAUCAUCCUCCAAAAAGAACAAGGAUGAGCUGUCACUAAAGAUCAGUUUGGUUGGACAGCUGCAUCUUCUUUCUUCAUCAGUGACUAUGCUGGCUGUUCCAUCCCCUUCUUUAACUGCCACUUUUGCACGAGGGGGAAACCAUCCUGCAGUAGCUGUUCCACUAGUUGCCUUGGGAACUCAGAGUGGUUCAGUUGACAUUGUUGAUGUUUCUGCAAAUGCUGUUGCUGCAAGUUUUUGUAUCCAUGAUACUGUUGUGAGAGGAUUAAGGUGGUUGGGUAAUACAAGACUAGUCUCAUUCUCAUACACUCAGGGAAAUGAGAAAACUGGUGGCUUUACAAAUAGGCUUGUUGUUACCAAUCUUCGAACUGGCCUUAAUCGAACAUUUAGGGUUUUACAAAAACCAGAACGUACUCCCAUAAGAGCUUUAAGGGCUUCAUCUUCCGGAAGGUAUCUUUUGAUUUUGUUUCGUGAUGCUCCUGUUGAGGUUUGGGCAAUGACAAAGACUCCAGUCAUGCUUAGGUCUUUGGCUCUUCCAUUUACAGUAUUGGAGUGGACUCUUCCUACUGUUCCAAGACCAACACAGACUGCAGCAUCUAAGCAAUCUGACACUUCUGCCCCUCCCGAAACAGACUCUAAUGGAGGUCAAGAAGAGUUUUCAGAGACUUUUGCAUUUGCACUUGUAAAUGGUGCACUUGGGGUGUUUGAAGUUCAAGGGCGAAGGAUCCGAGACUUCAAACCAAAGUGGCCUGUUUCUUCACUUGUUUCUUCCGACGGACCUGUUAGAGCUAUGGCCUAUCGUUUGCCUCAUGUGGUGAUGGGGGACAGGUCAGGUAACAUCCGGUGGUGGGACGUUACAACUGGACAAUCCUCCUCUUUCAACACUCACCGUGAAGGCAUUCGAAGAAUCAAAUUCUCACCCGUUGUUCCUGGAGACCGAAGCCGUGGACGUAUUGCUGUAUUGUUUAAUGACAAUACAUUUUCCGUUUUUGACCUUGAUUCACCAGAUCCAUUAGCUAACUCAUUACUACAGCCUCAGUUUCCUGGAACACUAGUGCUGGAACUUGAUUGGUUGCCUGUAAGAACUGAUAAAAAUGAUCCUCUGGUUUUGUGUAUUACUGGAGCAGAUAGUAGCUUUCGCCUUAUUGAAGUUAACAUUGAAAAAAGAUCUGGUUAUGGAGCUCAGUAUGGAUCAAUAAAGGAGCGGUUUCGACCAAUGCCUUUAUGUUCUCCUAUAUUACUUCCUACUGCACAUGCCUUGGCAUUGAGGCUGAUCUUGCAAUGUGGUGUAAAGCCUUCAUGGUUUAACACAUGCAGUACGAUUAUAAAUAAUAAAACUAAUGAAUUAUCAUUAGGAGAUCUUCGUAGCUAUUUAAUUGAUAUACCAACAAUUGGUGACACUGUUGUCCCAGAAUUGCUUCUUAAGGUGCUAGAGCCUUACCAGAGAGAAGGUUGCAUACUUGAUGAUGAAAUGGUGCAAGAGUAUGGUAGUAUAGUGAAUAAAGGUUCAGCUGCAAGGUUCUCUUUUUCAGCAGCAAUAUUUGGUGAAACAUCAGAGGCUUAUUUCUGGUUGCAAUUGCCUCAUGCACUUAACCACUUAAUGAACAAUUUAGCUAACAAGUCUCUACAAAAAGAAAAAGAAAAAGAAAAAACCCCUGUAAAAUCAUCGUCUGAAGAAAUUGAUGACGUGUCCUUGCUGACUAGGAUUUCCUCCAAGGGUAAAUCCGGAACUGGGUCAAGUAACACCAACACAGUGAGUGAUGGUGAACUUAAAUUAAUGGCUUUUGAGCAAGAAGAAUUAUGGGAAAGUGCUAAUGAGCGUAUUCCAUGGCAUGAAAAAUUAGAAGAUGAAGAAUCUAUUCAGAACCGUGUGCAUGAGCUUGUGUCGAUUGGUAACUUGGAAGGUGCUGUAAGUUUAAUGCUUUCCACUCCUCCAGAAAGCCCUUAUUUUUAUCCAAAUGCUUUGCGUGCUGUUGCUCUUUCAUCAGCUGUUUCAAGAUCUUUAAAUGAAUUAGCUGUAAAGGUGGUUGCAGCAAGUAUGGUGAGCACUGACAGGUCAUUAUCUGGCACACAUUUGCUAUGUGCUGUAGGGAGGUAUCAAGAAGCUUGUUCACAGCUACAAGAUGCGGGGUGUUGGACAGAUGCUGCAACAUUAGCAGCAACACAUUUAAAAGGAACUGAUUAUGCAAGGGUAUUACACAGAUGGGCUGAACAUGUCCUUCAUGCUGAACAUAACAUCUGGAGGUCCCUGAUAUUGUACAUAGCAGCGGGUUCAUUACAAGAUGCACUGGCAGCACUCCGUAGGGCCCAGCAACCGGAUACCGCCGCCAUGUUUAUAAUCGCGUGUCGUGAAAUUCAUGCCGAAUUUAUUGAAAAAUUAGAUUCUGGAAAAGAAUCGGAUUCUUUAAUUAAAGAAAAAUUGGUGGUUUUGCCGGGUCUAAACCCGGAAAAUGAAGAUGUAAUAGCUGCUGGUGAAUUGUACGGACAGUUCCAACAGAAACUUGUUCACCUUUGCAUGGACUCUCAACCAUUUAUAGAUUAAAUAAAUAAAUGCCAUAUGCUUUGUCUUACAGUAUACUUUUGGUAAAGCACAAGGUACAACUUGACAUUCAUUUUACAAAGUGGUAUACGACGUUAUAGAUUGAUAGUCAAUAUUUAUUUUUUGUUGUUGUAAGUAUGAGAAGAUGAUACGAUAUUGUGCAAUUUUGGACUUGUGUUCUUCGUGAUAUUCUGUAUCCCUUUGUUUUUGCUUGUUUGUGUUGAGUUGAAAUGUACGGAAAGGAAGAGUAUUUUGGGUUAAUUUUGUGUUGAGGAAUCAUUUGGGGUUUAAGAUUUGGCUGAAGAGGAC